ACAUAUAAAUUAUUAGAAAUGGAGAUAAUGAAAGAGUGUUGGAUAUUGGUGAUGAUUUUACUAUUGCGAGGGAGUUGGUGCUUUGAUGGUUGUUUGGAGCAUGAGAGAAUUGCUCUUUUGCAACUCAAGUUUGAGUUCAUUUCUUCUUCUUCUUCUUAUGAUAUGCCUCUUUGGGGUGUAAAUACUGACUGCUGUAAUUGGGGAGGGGUAAAGUGCAACACCACCACAGGGCAUGUUGUGGAACUCUCUCUUGACUUUAUGAGAAGAGGAGGAGAUUGGUAUCUAAAUGCUUCUUUGUUUCUACCCUUUCAACAACUGAAGAAUCUUUCCUUAUGGGGAAAUAAUAUAGCUGGUUGCAUUAAGAAUGAAGGUUUUGAAAGGUUAUCAGUACUUGACAAUUUGGAGCUUCUUGAUUUAAGUUUCAACCAUUUCAAUAACAACAUCUUAUCAUCUCUAAGUGGUCUUUCAUCUUUAAAAUUUUUAUAUCUAUAUGAAAAUAGAUUGAAAGGAAUAAUUAAUAUUGAAGAAUUAAAUUAUCUAGCAAGUUUGAAGGAGUUAGAUUUAUCAUAUAAUACAAUGGAAGGCUUUAAAUCUUCACAUGGUAGGAAUUGAUCUUUUAUUUCUUUCAUAUUUUUUUUGUUAAAUUAGCUACAAUUAAAUAAUAACUUUUACAGGUGGUGAAGAAUUACUGAAGCUGAGUAAUUUGCAGUAUCUUGAUUUGGGUUAUAAUAAUUUUAGUAUCAACAAUUUAUCAUUUCUCAAUGGGCUGUCAUCUCUCAAAGGUUUAUACAUAGCAAACAUUCAAUUGAAAGGACCAUUCGAUUUGAAAGGUUAGAUAUAAUUUUUCAUUCUUUUUUUCCUUUCUAUUUCUCACAAUUUGAUCAUAAAAUUUUACAGUUAUCUAAUUAUAUGUGCUUUCUUACUUAAUUAGAAUUGGGUUUAAGCCAAUUAGAGGAAUUGGACUUGAGCGAAAACAACAUUACAAAAUUUGUGGACUCAAGAG